AUGGACGAAGUCGUCCUGAAAGCCUUGGAAGAGGUUCAGAUCAAGACGAGAUCAACGCCAUACUAUACAUGGCAGACUGAUGAAUGGCAAGCCGAUGAUGCCAAAUCCGCCACUACCGCGGCUUCACCUCUGUCUACCUUGUCUCUAUACACCUGGAACAUAGACUUCAUGCUACCCUACCCUUCCUCCCGCAUGACAAAAGGCUUCUCGCACCUCAGAUCACUCAUUGAUUCCGGCCCUCGAGACUCGACAGCCAGCAUCAUCUACCUUCAAGAGUGCAUCGAUUCUGACAUCGAGCUGAUCGCUUCUCACUCAUGGGUCCGAGAGAACUUCCACCUAUCGGACAUUGACAUCUCCAACUGGCAAUCGGGCCACUACGGCACAAUCACACUGGUCGACAAGCGCUUGCCCAUCACAUCGUGUUUCCGAGUGCACUACUCGCAAACGCGGAUGGAGCGGGAUGGACUUUUUGUUGAUGUUAGGUUGGGAGGCAAGACGGUUCGGAUUUGCAACAGCCACUUGGAGUCUAUGGCGUUCGAGCCCCCGUACAGAAUUCCGCAGAUGAAGUUGUGUGCAGAGUACAUGCGCCAGCCUGGAAUUGAUAGUGCGAUCGUGGCGGGUGAUUUCAAUGCCAUCCAGGAUUUCGAUCGUACGCUUCAUGAGGUGAAUGGGUUGAAGGAUGCGUAUCUCGAGCUCGGUGGCCAGGAGCAUGAUGCGGCGAAUGGACACACUUGGGGACAGCAGGCCGCCACAAACCUGAGGCAGCAGUUCGGGACCAGCAGAAUGGACAAGGUGUACUUCUGCGGUGGCUUGGAGCUGCUGUCGUUCGAGCGCUUUGGUGCAGGCGUUUGUGUGGACGAUGAACAGGAGCGGGAAGCCAUCGUCAAGCUCGGGUUCGACGAGCCGUGGAUAACGGAUCAUCUUGGUGUGAAGGCGGUAUUGACUGUUUCCAGUAACAUGUCCGCUCUGUAG